AUGGAGACGUUGACAUUGAAAGAGCGCGCUGCUCACAUUUCGGAGGCUGCCAACCGUCUCAGUGAUGAACUCGCUCGGACAGGGUUUCCUGAGCCAUCUUUUGAGCUGGGCCUUCCCCCACCACUCUCCAACGAUGCUCCAGAGACUCCAGCCCUGCGCUCAAAGCUAGAGUUACUACAAAUGGUGGAUGAACUUCGGUCCCUACUUACCGAUCCCACCCUCCAGUUAACAUCACAGAUGCGCAAUCCCGCCCUCAGUGUACACCCUAUUAUUCGUUUGGGGAUUGCUGAAAACUUCCCCCCUGAGGGAACUACCGUUCAAGAUCUAGCUAGCAAGCUGCACCUGCCCGAAAGUCUUGUCGGGCGUCUCCUAUCACAUAGCGCUACGUACCAUAUCUACCAUGAGUCCUCUCCUGGAUAUUUCGUGCACACAGCAGCUUCGAGAGCUCUUAGCGAGAACGACGGAAUGCGGCAAUAUCAUAUGGUCGGUCUCGAGGAGACGCUUCCGGCAACAUGCAAGACAGCAUCUGCCUUGGUUCAAGAUCCGCUUUCUGAAGAGCCCGAAUCUUGUGGAUGGAGCAUACAAAAUGACACAGAACUCUCGCUCUUUAAGGCACUUGCGAACAUGCCAGACAGAGCCAAUACCUUUGCGGAGGCAAUGAGAUGGCAGUCAACGCUUCCUGGAUUCUCGCAUCAUCACUUGACAGAGGUCUUCCCAUGGGGGUCCAGUGAGCAGCAACUCACUGUAGUCGAUGUUGGUGGUGGAGUCGGCCAAGUCUCACAGGCACUGCUUGACCAUAGUCCCGAUGUCAAAUGCAUUGUUCAAGACUAUCCCGAAGUUGUCUCGCGUGGACAGGAUUCUCUCCCAGCGAAAUACAAGCCGCGCAUCACCUUUCAGUCGCACGACUUCUUCAAAGAACAGCCCAUUAAAGGAGCUGACAUCUAUCUGCUGCGAAUGAUACUUCAUGAUUGGUCGGAUAAAUAUGCGAUAAAGAUAAUUCAGGCUCUAGUCCCUGCUUUGAAGCCCGGUGCCAAGGUGGUGAUCAAUGACCGUGUUAUUCCAGCAUGGCACCAAGCGCACUAUCUGGUAGAGCGAGAAGCACGUGACAGCGACAUGUAUAUGCUGGCUUUUCAGAACGCCAGAGAACGCACUGCUCAAGAGUGGUCGGCGCUUUUGAAAAGGGCAGACGGAAGGUUCCAGUUAACUAGAGUCCACCAGCCACCGCGGUCAGUUCUAGCUGUUGUGGAGGUCACUUGGGAUGGUUAGUGAAUAUAAUAGCUGGUAGCCAGAUCCUGACCGACCCUCGCAGUCAGGCUGCAUUUGUAAGGUGGUGGUCGCCAACAUUAAAUCCAAGAAUGUUUGGGCUUCUCAUGAAUACAGACAGGUACUGUAG